AUGGCUUCUAUCCUUCGGUUUCGUAAGCUAUUAUGUUAUUUAGAGCCUGUGAAGUGUUCUUCAUUGGGGUUUGAAUCAUUUGAAACCCCAAAAGUUGAUAAGAAAGAAUCACUUGGGACACCAAAAGUUGAAAGGAAGGGUGGGGACAUUGUUUCUACAGUUGAGAAUGUGUUAGAGAAACAAAAGAAGAGGAGGAGCAAGAGGCAGCCUAAGGAAUGGAGAUGUAUAGAUUAUUGCUGUUGGGCAAUUGGGUAUAUGUGCACUACUUGGUGGCUUGUCCUGUUUCUGUACCAUUGUUUGCCUGCUAAUUUGCCUGGACUUGCUGUGCCCGAACCACCAGGGGCGAGGCUUCAGCGCGAAGGCUUGACCCCACUUCACCCGGUGGUUUUAGUACCUGGAAUUGUCACGGGAGGCCUAGAGCUCUGGGAAGGCCGGCCUUGCGCGGAGGGCUUGUUUCGUAAGCGGCUUUGGGGUGGUAGCUUUACCGAAAUUUUCAAAAGGCCUUUGUGUUGGUUGGAGCACCUGUCAUUGCACAAUGAAACCGGGCUUGAUCCGCCAGGCAUUCGUGUUCGUGCAGUUCCGGGACUUGUUGCAGCUGACUAUUUUGCUCCUGGAUAUUUUGUUUGGGCUGUUCUUAUUGAGAAUUUGGCGCAAAUUGGAUACGAGGGGAAGAAUAUGUAUAUGGCUGCUUAUGAUUGGAGGCUUUCUUUUCAAAAUACAGAGGUCAGGGACCAAGCUCUUAGUAGAUUGAAGAGCAAAAUCGAGCUGAUGUAUGUGACCAAUGGCAAUAAGAAGGUGGUGGUGGUACCUCAUUCCAUGGGGGUUAUCUAUUUCCUCCACUUCCUCAAAUGGGUUGAAUCACCUCCACCUAUGGGAGGUGGUGGCGGUCCUGGUUGGUGUGCCAAGCACAUCAAAGCAAUCAUGAACAUCGGUCCAGCAUUUCUUGGAGUUCCAAAGGCAGUUAGUAAUAUGCUGUCUGCUGAGGGCAAAGACGUUGCUUACAUCAGAGCUAUGGCUCCUGGUCUUUUAGAUUCUGAGAUUCUUGGGCUUCAAACACUGGAACAUGUCAUGCGAGUAUCUCGAACAUGGGACUCUAUCAUUUCGUUGAUGCCAAAAGGAGGAGAGACCAUUUGGGGUAACUUGGAUUGGUCUCCAGAAGAAGGACACGAUUGCAAUUUUGCAAAGAAAAGAUACUCGCAACACCCUCUAAGUGAAAAUAAUACCAAGGAUGAUGAUGAAAAGAGAGGUUUCAAAGUAAAAAAGCCCACAAAGUAUGGAAGGAUAAUCUCUUUUGGGAAGGCGGCAUCAGAAAUACCUUCUUCACAACAUCCUUCUCUUGGUUCAAAGGAAUUUGUACGUCCUACUACCUCCACUAAUUCUGAUGCAUCGUGUGGAGAAACACGGACAGAAUAUGAUGAGAUGAGCCGGGAAAGCAUUAGGAAAGUUGCAGAAAACAAAGCAUACACGGCAAACACUCUAAUUGAUCUUCUCCGCUAUGUGGCUCCCAAAAUGAUGCAACGGGCUGAGGCUCACUUUUCUCAUGGAAUAGCUGAGAAUCUAGACGAUCCGAAGUACUCGCAUUACAAGUACUGGUCAAAUCCACUUGAGACCAAGUUACCUGAUGCUCCCGAUAUGGAGAUUUACAGUUUAUAUGGAGUUGGAAUUCCCACCGAAAGAUCCUACGUGUACAAGUUGUCACCAUCCAAUAGGUGCAAGAGCAUUCCUUUCCAAAUCGAUAGCUCAGCCGAUGGAAGUGACAAUGGGUGCUUGAAGGGGGGAGUGUACUUCAUGGACGGUGAUGAGAGCGUGCCCGUUCUAAGCGCAGGGUUCAUGUGUGCCAAGGGGUGGAAAGGAAAAACCCGUUUCAACCCAUCUGGCAUUGCUACAUACAUAAGAGAAUACCGGCACAAGCCGCCAGCAAGCCUGCUAGAGGGAAGGGGUGUAGAGAGUGGUGGCCAUGUCGACAUUAUGGGAAAUGUUGCCUUGAUUGAGGAUGUUUUGCGGGUUGUGGCUGGAGCUACUGGUGCAGAACUGGGAGGUGAUAGGAUUUAUUCGGAUAUCGUAAGAAUGUCUGAAAGAAUAAAUCUUGAGCUUUGAUUGAAUAGUUUUUUGUUGGAGAGUUGAUUACCUCAAUGUUAACAAGGGCAGUGUACAAUAGGACCCAGAAUUGAGAAAGAGAGCCAAAAACUAUCAACUGUCAUAACUACCUUCCCGAAGAUCGAAGGACUUUGGAGCUUAAAGAACAAACUUCUGGUGGCAGGAUUGGCAAAUGGGGCUGGUUUGGAGCUUUAGCUCUAACAACUAGAGUAACUUCCUAAUUUGCAGAGGA